ACCAAAAACCAACCAAUCCUAAAACCAGACCCAAAGUCCCAUAACAGAGAAAGUGUUAGUGGGUGUCAGAUCUCUUUCUCUCUGCCUCUGGUGAAUGAGUAGUGUCAAUUGAGAAAUAAUCCCAAUAUUCAUCUCAUUUUAUCUGUUUCUCUUUCUUCUGUUCUCUGCUGCUAUUAUACUAAACUUUUUAUCUUUGGGACUUGCCAAUGUCUGAAGCAAUUGUUAGUAAGGAUCCUGCCAUUAAGCUCUUUGGUUGGACUAUUCAGUUGUCCGACUUUCCGGCGCCGGCUCCCUUGGAUACCGGAGAUUACAGUUCCUCAGCGGGAGAAGUCGAGCAAGAGCUCAAGGGUCAGUGUGAUGAUUAUAAUGAUGACAAUGAACAUUUGACUGCUGAGGAUUUACAGGAUCAGAAUCCAACUCAACAGAGAUGUGAUCUUAUAAAGAAGUCGCCUGGUUAUUAUGAAUGUUCAACAGCCAAAACGUCAAAAAGUGAAGAGGAACAAGGUGAAACAAGCAACUCACAGGAGAAAAACCUGAAAAAACCAGACAAGAUACUUCCAUGUCCUCGCUGUAAGAGCAUGCAAACAAAAUUUUGUUACUUUAACAAUUACAACGCCAGCCAGCCUAGACACUUCUGCAAGAAUUGUCAGAGAUACUGGACUGUUGGUGGGACUAUGAGGAAUGUGCCUGUAGGUGCUGGUCGUCGGAAACACAAGAACUCGGUUUUGCAUUACAGUCGCAUAUCCGUCUCUGAAGCACUAUCAAAUGCAAGAACAAGUUUUCCUAAUGAAACCCAGCAACCCCUAUCUGAGUCAAUGGUUUCAGUUUUGAAUGUUUCUGAUAACCCUAUGCAGAAUUGUUCUGGGAAUGGAUUCCACAAAUAUAAAGAGCUUGGAAUUCAAGCUAGAGAUAAUGGAGAUGAUCAUUCCGAUGGGUCUUCACUUACUGCUGUAAGUUCAAAGGAUAGUGAUAAUGGGUUGCCUGACACGCCAAGGCAGGACUGCGACAGCUUUCCACCUCAUUUACCUCGCUUUACUGGAGCUCCUUGGCCAUAUAUAUGGAAUUCUGUGCACUGUAGAAAUGCAGUACCUUCACCUGGUUACUCUCUUUCUAGCAUUUCCAUGCCGUUCUUACCGGCAACCACUUAUUGGGGUUGCACAAUACCGGGUUCUUGGAACGUCCCUUGGAUGUCCCCACACACUGCAUCCCGCAACCAAAUGCCUCCAACUUCUGGCCCUAAUUCUCCAUCUUCGGGGAAACAUUCAAGGGAUGAGAAUGUGCUGAAAUCAACAGGCACUGAGGAAGAGCAACCAAAAGAGAAUAAUCCCGGGAAGCGGCUAUGGGUUCCUAAAACAUUGCGGAUUUAUAAUCCAGGAGAAGCCACGAAGAAUCCUAUCUGGGCAACAUUGGGAAUAAAACACGAGGUAGUUGAUUCAGUCGAUGGAGGUCUUCUCAAAGCCUUUCUGCCAAAGAGUGAUGAGAGGAACUGUGUUUCAGAAAAUUCUACUUUAUUACAAGUCAAUCCAGCUGCAAUGUCUAGGUCUUUAAAUUUCAAUGAGAGCUCAUAAGCAGGUGUGUUAAUAAGCUUUGUAAUGUUAUAAAUGGAGGUGGCAAGACAGGAGUUAUUCAGCUGAUUAUGCUUCUCUACAGUUGUCUGCCACUUGAAUUUCCGUAAUCCCCCCUCCCCUUGUUUAGACCAGUUAUUCAUAGUGUAGUCCAGAGAAAGUCUAGAUGUAGACUCAACAUUAUGUUUUUUACAAAAUUAGAGUAGAUCAAUCUUGCUAAUAGUUCCCUCCUUUUUGUGUGAGUGAGGCCCGUGUGUUUUGUUUUCUAGAUGAUUUUUCUAGGUAUGACUUUCUUAGUUGAUGUGUAAAUUUGUAUUUGAGAAAGUGAGACACGUACUAGAGUCAAUGUAUGAAAAUCACCCGAUGUGGUAAAAUAAGUUGGAGUGAAAUAAAGAGUUCCUUAUUGACCUA